UAUAAAUUAAAAAUGAAGAAAUAAGAUUGGAAAUUCAUGUAGGUAUUUGGGGAUAAGGCAUCCUCAGAUAAUGUGAGUGAUGAAGAUAUCAUAUCUGCAGUUUAAUUUGAGAGGACUGGUAGAUUUUUAGGAUUAGGAGACAGGGCUGGGCGAUUAAUAGUAUUUGAGGUACCAUAAAGUAAGAAGAAAGAUAAGGCUGAAUAUUAGUAUGAAUUUAGAUGAUAAAUUAGAUAUUUGACAGAAUUAUAAUCACAUACAAGGGAAUUUGAUUUUUUAAAGAGUACUGAUAUAGAAGAGAAGAUAAAUCAAAUUUAGUGGUUAAGAUCAUAAGGGAAGAAUAUGUAUGUAUUGACAACAAAUGAUAAAACGGUGAAGUUGUGGAAGAUCAGUGAAAAAAACGUAACUAAGGUUAUCAAAUAGAGUGGAAAAGAUUUAGCAAUGCCUAAAUUAUAAGUUGUUGAAAGUGGAUUGAUUCCAAGGUAAAAAAAAUAAUUAUUAAUUAUAAAGUGUAAGAAAAGUAUUUCCAAAUUUGCAUAAUUAUCAUAUAAAUUCAUUAACAGCAUCAAAUAAUGAAGAAUUUGUUUUAACAUCAGAUGAUUUAAAAGUAUAUUUAUGGAGUGUAGAAUAACCAUCAAAAGCAUUUGUAGCAGUAGAUCUCAAACCUGAGAAUUUAGAUGAAUUAAGUGAAGUAAUAACAUCUUCAACAUUUCAUCCGACAUUGGAUAAUUAAUUUUUAUAUACAACUAGCAAAGGAAUAAUUAAAUUAUGUGAUAUGAGAAAAUCAGGAAUAUGUGAUAAUACAGCUAUUACAAUGGCAGAAACAGAGGAUCCAUCAAAAAAGAAUUUCUUUACUGAAAUAGUUACAUCUAUUUCAGAUGCCUGUUUUAGUCGAAAUGGAAAAUAUAUAUUUUCAAGAGAUUUCUUAACAGUAAAAGUGUGGGAUAUUGCUAUGACUAAUAAACCAGUUGCUACUGUUCAAGUAUUUGAACCACUUAAAUCAAAAUUAUGUGAUUUAUAUGAGAAUGAAUGCAUCUUUGACAAAUUUUCCAUAUAAUCCUCACUUGAUUCAAAUAGUUUUGUAACUGGUAAUUUUAAUAGUACAUUUCAUAUUGUUGAUAGAUUAGGUAUUCAAAUUUGUUUAUAUAAUUAUAGGUGAAUGCAAUUCAUAAUAUGAAUUAAAUUUCAACAAGAAGACUAUUGUUAGAUAAAUCCCACCUAAAUAUUUCGAGAAUUUAGGAUCAUAAUAUGAUUUUAAUCGAAAAGUCUAGAAAAUUAGUAUGUGUUAGACUUAAAAUCUUGUUGCUAUUGCUUGCCUCAAUUGUCUAUAUUUCUAUACAGCAUGAC